AUGGAUUCCUUGCUCGUGGAUAAAGAUAUAAGAGAGCGGGUCACAACUAUUGAGGACGAAACACCUGAACAGCCUUUACUAAGGACAGCGGCUCCAGCAGCUACAGAGUCAUCGGCACAGAAACGCCGCCGCUUGCGCCGAGAAGCUCGCGGUAAUCUUGAAGAAAAUUCGAGCGAAGAUGAAGCUCUUGUAAACGAUGAGAAUGCCUUACCUGAUGUAAAGGAUCACUUGGAUCCUGACGAUGACUUACCUGAUGAUCAAGAGCGUCCUCCUUUAGAGACCACCGUUCCCGAUUUGAAUCCAAAUACUACGGAAUCCAAUCAGCUCUUUGCCCAAGUCAAUAAACUCGCAUCGAAGCAGCAUCUCUUUAGUUUGGCCUUUCCUACACUUUUCCUUACCGGCGCAAGCGAUUUCCAUACUCAACGAUUCCGAAAGGUUAGUAUAAAGGAUUAUGCUGAACACUUAAUGAGGUACCGCGAUGGGCGUUUUGCGACCCACUCUCGUUUCCGGUUCUACCUUUUCAAUAUUCUGAUGCGCCUUAAGGUCGCAAAAGUAUCCUCUUACUUUGUCAAGUCUCGGAAAGAUAUCAAAGACUUAAGUAUUGAUAGUUUACGAGAUCAAUUAAAAGAGCAGCCAGCCCUCCUUAAUCAGAUCGUGCGCUGUAAGCAAGCUAUCGAUGGCACUCGUCCUUUUUAG